UUUGUCGUGUAGAAUGUGGAUUGUGGAUUUGUUAGUUGUGAAUUUUUAAAAUUGUUUUUUGCACGAUAAACAUAGUGCUUUCUAUACUAAAGUAUAGAAUUUUAACAAUAAUUGAAAAAAAAGCAAUACAUAAUAAUAUUAUAGGAGUUAAGUUCGAUUAAGUAUUAGUAAUGAGUUCGCGACACAGAAGUCGUUCCAAAUCUAAGGAUAGGGAUAGGCACAAGGAAAGAGAUAAGGGCCGUGAUCGUGAGCGUGAUAGGGAUCGGGAUAAGGAGAGGGACAGGGACCGGGACCGAGAUCGUGACCGUGAACGAGAUAGAGACCGUGAUCGUGAUCGUGGUCAUCGUGAUCGGGAACGUGACCGUGAUCGCGACCGCGACAGAGAUCGCGAUAGGGACAGGGAUCGUGACCGGGAUCGCGAUCGUGAUCGCGAUAGGCAUCGCACCAAACGGCGAAGCAGCAAAGAACGUGAAAGAAGUCGAAGCCGUCACAGAGAGAAAAAGCGAAGUAGAACUCGCUCUCGCUCACGCAGCAGGGGAAGAAAAUCCAAAGACAGGGAUGGCACAAUUGCACUGUUGGACCAGAUGGUGGGCACAACCACGAAGGCUACCGCCCGGCAGGUCACCACAAACGGCAACAUUAACCCGGCCACACAGGCUGCUAUACUUGCUGCAGCUGCAGUGGCACAGACAUUCGUGGCGCAGCGGCGCAUCGCAGCCCCGGUGCAGCCAGCGGCAGCGGCGGCGGCCGCGCUGUCCGCCGCGACCGCCAUCCCGCCGCCCACCUCCGUGCAGCAGAAGCUAGAGCUGCUGCAGGCACGCACCGAGUCGCGCUACCGAGACAAGAUGAUGCUCGACCACCACCCCGAUGACGACAAGGAGGACGGCCUCGGCGCGGGGCACGCGUGUUAUCAUAUGGAGUGCGACAUGUGCGCAGGUCCGGAGGGCGAGACGGCGGCCGAGCGGCGCGCGCGGCGCCGGCGCACGCGCUGGAUGGGCUCCGAGCACGACAAGACCUUCAUCCCGGGCCUGCCCACCGUGCUGCCCUCCACGCUCACCAAGGAGCAGGAGGAGCAGUACUUGUUGCAGCUGCAGAUCGAGGAGGUGUCCCGCAAGCUGCGCUCGGGCGACCUCGGCAUCCCGCCCAACGUGGAGGAGAGGUCGCCGUCGCCGGAGCCGAUCUACUCGACGGACGGCAAGCGGCUGAACACGCGCGAGUACCGCACGCGCCGCAAGCUGGAGGAGGAGCGGCACCGCCUCGUGCAGCGCAUGCAGCAGAUCAACCCCGAGUUCAAGCCGCCGCCCGACUACAAGCCGCCAAUAAUCCGCGUGCACGACAAGGUGAUGAUCCCGCAGGAGGAGCACCCCGACAUCAACUUCGUGGGGCUGCUCAUCGGGCCCCGCGGGAACACGCUUAAAGCAAUGGAGAAAGAGACAGGCGCGAAGAUAAUAAUCCGCGGCAAGGGCUCGGUGAAGGAGGGCAAGGUGGGCCGCAAGGACGGGCAGCCGCUGCCCGGCGAGGACGAGCCGCUGCACGCCUACAUCACCGCCACCAACGCCGACUGCGUCAAGAAAGCUGUGGAGAAGAUCAAGGAAGUGAUCCGGCAGGGCGUGGAGGUGCCGGAGGGGCAGAACGACCUGCGGCGCAUGCAGCUGCGCGAGCUGGCCCAGCUCAACGGCACGCUGCGCGAGACCGACGGCCCGCGCUGCGCCAACUGCUCCGCGCUCGACCACAAGACCUGGCUCGUGCGUACACACACACACACACACGCGAGCUGGCCCAGCUCAACGGCACGCUGCGCGAGACCGACGGCCCGCGCUGCGCCAACUGCUCCGCGCUCGACCACAAGACCUGGCUCGUGCGUACAUACACACACACACACACACACACACGCGAGCUGGCCCAGCUCAACGGCACGCUGCGCGAGACCGACGGCCCGCGCUGCGCCAACUGCUCCGCGCUCGACCACAAGACCUGGCUCGUGCGUACAUACACACACACACACACGCGAGCUGGCCCAGCUCAACGGCACGCUGCGCGAGACCGACGGCCCGCGCUGCGCCAACUGCUCCGCGCUCGACCACAAGACCUGGCUCGUGCGUACAUACACACAUACACACACACACACACACACGCGAGCUGGCCCAGCUCAACGGCACGCUGCGCGAGACCGACGGCCCGCGCUGCGCCAACUGCUCCGCGCUCGACCACAAGACCUGGCUCGUGCGUACAUACACACACACACACACACACACACGCGAGCUGGCCCAGCUCAACGGCACGCUGCGCGAGACCGACGGCCCGCGCUGCGCCAACUGCUCCGCGCUCGACCACAAGACCUGGCUCGUGCGUACAUACACACACACACACACGCGAGCUGGCCCAGCUCAACGGCACGCUGCGCGAGACCGACGGCCCGCGCUGCGCCAACUGCUCCGCGCUCGACCACAAGACCUGGCUCGUGCGUACAUACACACAUACACACACACACACACACACGCGAGCUGGCCCAGCUCAACGGCACGCUGCGCGAGACCGACGGCCCGCGCUGCGCCAACUGCUCCGCGCUCGACCACAAGACCUGGCUCGUGCGUACAUACACACAUACACACACACACACACACACGCGAGCUGGCCCAGCUCAACGGCACGCUGCGCGAGACCGACGGCCCGCGCUGCGCCAACUGCUCCGCGCUCGACCACAAGACCUGGCUCUGUCCGGACAAGCCGAACGUGACGAACAGCAUCGUGUGCUCGUCGUGCGGCGGCGCGGGGCACAUCGCGCGCGACUGCCGCGCCAAGCGGCCCGGCCAGGGGCAGCUGCUGCCCGCCGCCAACAAGGCGAAGAUCGACGAGGAGUACAUGUCGCUGAUGGCGGAGCUGGGCGAGGCGGCGCCGGGCGGGGGGGCGCUGCGCCGCGCCGCGCCCUCGCUGUUCGCGCAGCACGCGCCGCACCCGCCCAGAGCCAUCAUGCCGCCGCCCGGUAACCGCACACACAGCACGUGUCGCUGAGGGCGGAGCUGGGCGAGGCGGCGCCGGGCGGGGGGGCGCUGCGCCGCGCCGCGCCCUCGCUGUUCGCGCAGCACGCGCCGCACCCGCCCAGAGCCAUCAUGCCGCCGCCCGGUAACCGCACACACAGCACGUGUC